CGCGGACGAGCAGUCGGCCGCGAGAUAUCGAGCAAGCGAGUAGAACCUACUCGACUGCUGUAGGACGCCGGCCUGCCCUCUUCAUGCCUGGCUGGGACCGCGAACUGGACGCAACGCUCUGGAAGGCUCGCCGUUGGACCGCAAUCGACUGGGCGUAUCUGACCCACAUUAGCAGCACCGAAUUCACUGUCCAGCCCGUCUUUGACACGUUCGACUAAGCGCUCGACCCGCCAUCAUGAUGCACUUUCUCUCGCGCCUCUCGUCGCCGUUGGCACGCGUCGCGACGAGACGUUUUCCCACCGCAGCGCUGCAAGCGGCGCCGCCACGCCGCCUCAACAUGCCGCCCAUGCCGUUGGCCGACAUUGCCUACACGCAAGCGACGGACGAAACCCUCAACUUGUCGUGGACCGACGGCCACCACAGCUCGUUCCACUACAUUUGGCUGCGCGACAACUGCCAUUGCCCGCGCUGCCGCCACCCCGUCGCGGAAGAGCGCCUUGUCGACACGCUCGCGAUACCCAUGAACAUUCAACCCGCGCGCGUCCAGGCGCUGCCGGCGUCGGAGGCGACCGAGGCCGUAGUGCAAAUCGCAUGGGACGACGGCCACGUCUCGCAGUACCCCGUGUCGUUCCUCUUUGACAAUUGCUUUGCCCGACAGACGCCGUCGUCGUCGUUCUCGUCGGGCCCGACGUUGUGGACCGCCGCCGACAUGGCGCAUGGCCUGCCACGCUUCCCGUACGAGCACGUCAUUUCGUCGGAGCAAGGGCUUCUCGAGUGGCUCGAAGCGUUGGAUGCGUACGGGUUUGCGCUCCUCGAAGGCGUGCCGGCUGGUGACGACGACGCGGCGCGCGCGAUGGCCGAGCGCAUUGGCCUCGUGCGCAACACGUUUUGGGGCCCGACGUGGAGCGUCAAGAGCGAGCCCAAGCCCAUGAACCUGAGCAUGACGAGCGAGGCGCUGCAUCCGCACACGGACUUUGGCUGGUCCGAGGCGCCGCCGGGGCUUCAGUUUCUGCACUGCGUCGCGUUUCAAUCCAAGGACGCGAUCGGCGGCGAGUCGACGCUCGCGGACGGCUACGCGAUCGCCGCGCAGUUGUCGUCGUCGCACCCGGAGGCCUUUCGGCUCCUCUCGACCGUCGCGAUUGACCACUGCUUCUCGAGCGAGUCGCAGUGGUUUGAGCACAAGGCGCCGAUUCUGUCGCUCGACCCUACGACUGGCCGCGUGCGCGACGUGCGCUUCAACCAAGCCAACCGGUCGCCGCUGCGGCUCCAUCCGGACCUCGUGCGUCCUUACUAUGACGCCAUGCGGCUCUGGACGGCGGCAACGCGGGACCCGACGCAUCUACUGCGUUUUCGGCUCACAGAAGGCGACAUGCUCGUCUUCAACAACCGCCGACUGCUGCACGGCCGAACGGGCUACGACGCUCAAGCCACGUGGCGCCACCUCAAAGGCUGCUACCUCGACGCUGAAGACUACAAGAGCAAACUCACAAUGCUGCGCGGGCGGCGCCACUACUCGACGAAGCGCUAUGUCCGCCCGCCGCCGCCAUCGCACUUGGAUCCUGGCUACGACGCCUUCUCGGCGGCGUUUGUCUCGGCGGCGUUGGCCAACGUCCAGGACGUGAUCGAUGCAGGAGCAACGUACGACGACGGCAGUAGCUUGAAAGCGGUCGCCGACGCCGGCGCCGCGUCGUUUCGAACGCUGGCCGACGGCAACAAGGCCGACUAUGUGUACCAGUGCUCGCUGUACGACCACGACAUUCAGGUCAACUUGGUGCCACGGCUCUUGGGGAUGCUCCAGAAGCUUGAGGGCGACCACGUUCGUCUCGGGACGGGCACGCAGGUGGAUUUGUUCGAGCACAGCCUGCAGUGCGCAACGCUGGCGCACACCGACGGCGCCGACGAAGAGCUCGUCGUCUGCGCGCUCCUGCACGACAUUGGGGAGCUCCUCUCGCCGUGCAACCAUGGCGAGAUCGCGGGUGCGAUCCUUCGCCCGUACAUCAGCCCCGAGCGGUACUGGAUCCUCGCCCACCACGAGAUCUUCCAGGGGUACUACUACUUUCAUCACGUGGGCGGCGACCGCGAGACGCGCCAGCAGUUUGCCGACCACCCGCAGUUUGCGGCGACCGUCGACUUUUGCCACAAGUACGACCAGGCAGCGUUCGACCCGGCCGCCGACACGUACGCGCUGUCGUUCUUUGAGCCAAUGCUGCGCCGGAUCCUCUCGCGCAAGGCCUACUUCUUCGCGCCUAGCCACCCCAAGCUCGGCUGCGUCACGGGCACGUCCCUGACAUAAGAUUGUGUCCUUCCUUGCUAUUCCAUUCGUAAUUUGAUAUUGCAUCCGUCCA